AUGGUGCUCCACAAGUCAAAAUGGGACAGAAAGGCGAAAAACAAGUACAUGAAAAAGCAUGGUAUCCAACAGCCAGUGGAACCAAAACCAGUCAAAACCAAAUGGUCUGCUAAAAAGUCAUCAAACACGCCCAGAGUCUUGCAUUUCGAUGAAGACGACAGUGACUGGGACUCAGAGGAUGAAGCUCUUCUAGACCAUUUCUACCCGCAAUUGGGAGAAACUCAGCUUCCUGUGGAGUCAAAAAUGGCUAUAAAACGUCAGAUCGUUCAGGCUUUGAUGCUGCAUCAGCAAAACCAGGAAGACAGCCAACAGCCUGAGCCUAGAGAGUUUAACGAAGAAGAUGGUAUCUACCUCGGCACAAGACACGAGAAGCCAGAGGAAAUACCCGAAGAAGGUGAAGCUGAAAUUGACGAAGAAGCAGCAAAGUAUCUUAUGCCAAGUGACCAGCUUGAGACGAAGAUUGCAGAGUACCUCUCCUCUGAUAUCAAGCCCCAGAAGAACAGGAAGCUUCUCAAGAAUAAGAUGUCGGAUAAUCUUCUUGAUGAGUAUGGAAUAGACAGCUACUCCAGCACGGUGAAAGAUACAGACUAUAGUCAGGUGGACGACAAGCAAGUGUGGAAAGAUUUUGAUAAGUUUACGUCGGAUGACCUUCACGGGUUCCGUAUUGGAGGAAAGCCCGAUACCUCUAGAAAAGAACAUAUUAGGGAACUAACAGAGGAAGAAAAGAAGCAGCAUUCGAAUCGUGCAGAGAAGUUGGAGAGUGCUAAGCUCCAUGAACAGAUCAAGAAGAAGUUUGGUGCGUCGGAGUCUCAGGCUAGAAAGAUCAUCGAAAUCAAUAAUAUCAACGAGAACGACGAACGUGCCAUGGAGGUGUUGAGCAAGAAGCUUGCCCAAACGGGACCAGAGGACGUGAAUACUUUAGAUGACGAUCUUGAAACGCUUCUUGGGGCUUCAGCGACAACAAAGAAGGAAUACAAGCCUAUCGAGGACCAUGAUCUCGACUCUUUGCUUGAACAGCUAGAUGCCAGUAAAAUAGAACAAGAAGCGCCUAAGGCCAGAGGACAGAUAUCGAAGAAGGAUGAAGAUUUCCUUGAUGAGUUACUCGGAUAA